AUGGCAAAUUAAGCAACAGCAGUAGCAUAUGCAGCUCUUUUAUUGGCUGGAGCCUAAACUCCAUUCACAGUUGAAAAUGUUGAAAAACUCACCAAGAAAGCUGGUGUGAAUGUUCCAUCAUAAUUGGCAACCUAAUUCGUGAGAGCCUUUGAAGGAAAAGACAUUAUAAGCCUUCUUUCAGUCGGAGGAGGUUAAGGCUCUGCACCAGCUGCUUAACCAGCUUAAGCUGCUGCCAAACCAACAGAAGCACCAAAAGCAGCUGAAAAACCAAAGGACCCAGAACCUGAAGAAGAUGUUGAUAUGGGAGGUUUGUUUGAUUGAGUAAAAUUACAACAGUACAUUAAAAUAUAUUAAACUUGCAGAUUAUUAGA